UGCGGAGCGCUCAGUCUAGUUUGCACCUUCUCUCCCGGCCGCGGUCCGAGAGGGCGGGGAGGGCAGCGGUGGGGCCCGAGCUGGGGGAGAGUUCGGAGACUCCGGCCUUGGGCGCCUUCACGCCGUCUCCGAGCACAUAAUGCUGUGAGCAGGCGCCGCUCCGGCCGACCCGGCUGGAUCUGCGCGUGGCGGGCAGGGACUGCGUGCGCCUUCGGGAACUGCGGCGCCCGGCCCCGGGGUCAGCGGCUGGGAUCCUUGGCGCCGCUGGUGAGUUGCUGCCUGCCCACGGCUUCUUCUCUGCGCGUGUUUCUCCAUGCUGUGGAAGGGACUGGCGGAUGUAACCGGCUCUCCAGAAAGCCCUGCUUGGCUGUAAGUCCAGGAAGGCCUCUUAGACCUCCAUCUCAUUUCAGAGCCACUUCUGAGCUACUUGAGAAAAAUGAUGUGACAGUUCCUAUCAAAAAGGAUAUUGGGAAACAUAUAACAUCUGUGAAGAAAGUCGCCCUUUUCCCCUUUUGCAAAAUCAACAUCCUCAAACUCCAAAAUGCCAGCCAAGACCCCAAUUUACCUGAAAGCUGCCAAUAACAAGAAAGGAAAGAAAUUUAAACUGAGGGACAUCUUGUCUCCAGAUAUGAUCAGCCCUCCCCUUGGAGACUUCCGCCACACCAUUCACAUUGGCAAAGAGGGCCAGCACGAUGUCUUUGGAGACAUUUCCUUUCUUCAAGGCAACUAUGAGCUUCUACCUGGAAACCAGGAGAAAGCGCGCAUGGGCCAGUUCCCUGGGCAUAACGAGUUCUUCCGGGCCAACAGCACCUCCGACUCCAUGUUCACAGAAACGCCCUCUCCGGUGCUCAAAAAUGCCAUCUCCCUCCCAACCAUCGGAGGGUCCCAGGCACUCAUGUUGCCCUUGUUGUCACCGGUGACAUUCAGUUCCAAACAGGAGUCCUUAGGGCCGGGAAAGCUGCCCCGGCUUAGCUGUGAGCCGGUCAUGGAGGAGAAGGCUCCGGAGGAAAGCAGCCUGUUGGAGAACGGGACGGUCCACCAGGGGGACGUCUCGUGGGGGUCCAGCGGGUCCGCAUCCCAGUCCAGCCAGGGCAGGGGCAGCCACUCCUCCAGCCUCUCCGAACAGUAUCCCGACUGGGCGGCCGAGGACAUGUUUGACCAUUCCGCCCCGUGCGAGCUCGUCAAGGAAAAGACUAAAUCAGAGGAGUCCCUCUCUGAUCUCACGGGUUCCCUCCUCUCCCUGCAGCUCGAUCUUGGGCCCUCAUUUCUAGAUGAGGUGCUGAAUGUCAUGGAUAAAAAUAAGUAACAGGACACCGCCGGCUCUUUUCAUUUGGGGUAAAAGGUAUCAAAAAACAGAACAAAACAAAACCAACCACAAAGAGAAGAGCUUAGCUGGCUAUACUUGCUGUCAUGUGAUGGGUUUUCUAAAAUAACUUUCCUACAAAAUAUUUUUUUACCUGGUAUACCCUGUUUGCAAAAACAGUGAAAAAAAACAAACCUGUCCUGGCAAAGAGAGGAAGUGAGUCAGAACCCAUUUUCGGCGGGCAUUGCUGAUGUACAGCUCACAUUUUUUGUUUUCAGACACAUAAGAAAUCUGGCUUGGCCAGGGCUGGCACUACUUAUGAAGGGCUGUUGCAGUCACAUGAAGGACCUUUACAGUACUCUGGCAUUUUCUGAGCGAGAGGAAGUCAAAAUUUAUUUAACACCCACGCCUUUUUUCUAGACUCUUUUCUAUAUUAUAUCGUUUGGGCUCACCAUAGCAAAUUCUUCAGUGUUAAAACUUUUCUCUGUUUUCACAUUUGAACAACUUUAUGGGUUUUGGGGAUUUGCUUGUAGCUCUUAUAUAUCUCUAUAUAUUAUAUCUAUAUGGCGAAAUUUUGACUGUCAGCUACAUGUUGGUAAGACACAAGCAAAGUAUUACUGUAACUAAGUUAUUUUUAAAGUUAAAAUAUAUUUUUAUGUGCCUUUGGCUCUUUAUUGCAGAGUCUACAUCUUAUAGGUACUACAUCAAAUAUGGUCAUUUGACUUUCCAUUGGGAUUCCAUUCUAAGCUGUGUAUGUGUAUGUUUGGAAAAAUGUAUUCAUACUUAGCUUUAUUUUUUUUUUCUUCAUCUGUUAUCAUACUUUUCACAUCAGCCAACAAUGGAUUGUAAAGUGUAAAGGCACAGGUUACUCACAAUGCUUCUGCAGAGACUGUGGGCUACACCACAUAAUGUUAUUUGGAAAUAUGGGUAUUUUAGUACAGUACAUACUUGCAUUACAUAGGUACUUCAUACAACACAAUAAAGAGUAAAUGUUAAAAUCAACUUGCUUGGUUAUAGUAAUAAACAAAAACAUAAGACAGUAAUUAUAUUUUCUUCAAGUCCAGGGCUAGAAAAAUUGCUUCUGUAAAGUGUACAUGAGCCUUUAAAAUAAGGUAAGAGGUGAUUUCCACCCACUCAGUAAUUUUGAUUAUUGCCCAAAGGUUUGAGAUUCUAAAAAUAAGGCCCCUCAAUUUUAGGAAAAAUGAACAUGUGAGACGAGAAUUUUUUUUUUUUAAGUCAGCACUGAUGCCAACUUCUCAAAAACUCAUUUCUGUGAAUCUCCUCCCUUACUUUAACACGGCAAACUCGUGCAACCCCAGCCCCGUCCCUACAGGAUAGAUGCUUCCAUGCAGCAGGUGCCAUACAGACAAGAUUAAGGAGGCCAAAAAAGAGGGCAGCAGAGCACCUUGCCCCCAAGAAGACAGAGAUGCCCUGAGGAUGUUGGUUAAGGAAACAGGAACAGGAAAUGUACACACCAAUUCUGAUCCUGUUGUCAACACCCCUUCCCCCUCAAAGACAAACACUUGCACGCAAAAACUUUCAUUUCUCCUUGAAAUAUAUCCCUGGGACUUCCCUGGUGGUGCAGUGGUUAAGAAUCCACCUGCCAAUGCAGGGGACAUGGGUUCGAGUCCUGGUCCAGGAACAUCCCACAUGCUGCGGAGCAACUAAGCCUGUGCGCCACAACUACUGAGCCUGCGCUCUAGAGCCCGUGAGCCACAACUACUGAAGCCCAUGUGCCUAGAGCCCGUGCUCUGCAACGAGAAGCCACCGCAAUGAGAAGCCCAUGCACCACAACAAAGAGUAGCCCCCGCUUGCCGCAACUAGAGAAAGCCCGUGCGCAGCAAUGAAGACCCAACGCAGCCAAAAAUAAAUGUAUUAAUUUAUAUUAAAAAAAAGAAUGUAUCCCUGAAAUGACUGCCUCAUCCAAACGUUUCAGUGAUAUUCUCACCAUGUCUGGAGAUGCUGCAAUUCCAUCAUCUGGUUAGCUGAAAUAAUCUGAGCUGUGGAUGAAACGCAGUUAGGAUGACUUGAAGUAGAAAGAGGCAACAAGCUCCCUUAGAGCACUGAGUUCCUGCCUUAAUUCCCCGGUUGUAUUUCUGUCCCACAAUUUUCCAGUGUUCUUUUUCUGCGAGACACCCACUUACAGUUCACAGUUCCAAACAGCCUCUUCUAAAUCUUGAGAAUGAAGAAGAGUCUGAUGUAUCUCAUCAUUUUAAAUCAGACUCUUUCAACACAUUCCCCAUCUUAACUUUUGUUGAUCAUAUUAUCAUUUUACUCUUCAUCUGCAGCAUGACCUCAAGGAAAAGAUUAAACUGUUAGGUGAAAUGAUGAGGAACAUCUGUGCAUUUCCUCUGCUCCCUCUGUGAAUAGGGAGAACAGCUCUGCCAGUAUCAGGUUUGUUUGAUAGAAUCUAAGCAAUAAUGCAUCCUUUUAGGUAUUACCCAUUAGACUUCCUCUGAGCCCUUUAACAAACAGUCCCUCCCAUUAGGUUAGAUAUCAUUGAGAUGGCAACAAACAUGCCCCUGUUAGAAAGGACACAGCCACAUCCGGCUUAUGAACGAUAUUGUUGAGUCAUUUCUCCUGUGGCAGCCCUUCUAAUACUUGGUUCCUUCUCUAGGGAGCAGGUGCAGAGCUGGUGGAAGCUUUCUCCUGCAAAAAGGCUCUUCCAGCUUGCACCUGCUGAGAGCUGAAUUGAUGUUCUCAGCCUGUGACCGUUCUGCCACUUUUAACCUAAUUUACCGAGAUGCACUUUACUUGCAAAUUCAGAAUGCAAGCCACCUGUGACCCAACAACCAGAAAAGAGACCAUGCAAUUUAUAUAAGUAGAGACCCUUGGUGUAGCAGUCAAGGUUCUUGUGGGUAGUCUUUUCCCUUUGCAGUGAGGCCUAACAAAGGAUAAGAUAGAUAAUUUCCACCUAAAAUCACCUACUGAAAAAGAUCAAAAUAUCAAGGUACUCAGCUCUUCAUAAGUGUAACGCCAUUAGUUGUCACAUUUCAGUGACUCAGAGUCACAAACAAAUGACUAAACUGGCUGAACAUAAGAGAACUCAGGUUUCCAGAGUCACAGUCUAUUCCUUUUUUAUGUCACUGAAAGUUACCAUUUUUUCUCAAGUGUCCCCACAAAAACACUUGAAGUCAUGGCAUGGAGGAAGUUCAUGAGUCCAUGAAUUAACUUGAUAAAUAUUGUAAAACAGAGGAAAGAAAGUUAUACAUUAGGCGAUGGUUCUGAUCCUCUUAAUGUGGAGCCUGAUGAGACUCAAUUUUACUGUGAAAUAUGUCAACACAAUAGAACAAGUCAACAUGAUGGUUUCUCUCCAAUAAGAGUUUCUCCUUUGGAAAUUAUGUUCCCAACCUACUCCCAAAUUUAGCAGGUCUAAUAAAGAGAAUUCUCAGACUUUAGAAUGAG